AUGUGGCAUGGUAGCAGUGUAACAUAUGUGGUUCCAGCAGAUAACAAUGAUCCUCUUUACAAAUGGAUUCAAGGUUGGGCAGCACUCAAGUCAUAUGGAAAGAAGGUUGCAAGAGAGGUGGUCUCACAAUGUACUUUCAUUGCAUGGCAUAUUUGGAAAGCUCGAAAUGACUACAUUUUUGCAACGAAGGUCUGGUCACCAAUGGAGGUCGUUGCUGCCGCACAUAGGGCUUGGUCUAAAUAUAUUUCAACCCCCAAAGACCAACAAGAAUUUAACAUAUCUCCACCUUUCUUGAGGGCUUCGGUCUUGGCAUCCCCACCACCAAAUUUCCACAGGUUACGCUGUGAUGCUUCUCUCAAUCUUUCCGGAGAGCGAGGAGGUAUUGGAUUUCUCUUAUGCAACUGGCUGGGACAUCCUAAGGUGGCCGUUUCAAACCCUGUUAAAUUCUCCACUAUUCUGGUUGGUGAAGCUAUCGCAAUCAAGGAAGGUCUUAUGGAGGCAAUCUCGGAAGGAGUUCACAAAUUGCAUUUGGAGAGCGACAAUCAACAACUGAUUUCUUAUUUGCAGGACUUUUCUCAAAGCCCAGAUAUCGUAGUAUGGCCAAUUAUUGAGGAUAUUGGCUACCUCUGCUCUUUCUUUGAUGAUUGUCUUUUUUAUGGUAUUCCAAGGGAGGUUAACGUUACAGCCGAUACCAUUGCUAGGAGGGCCCAGUCCGUUACGGAUAGGACUGUUUGGCCUAUUUCCGAUCCUUGUUUGUCUAUGCCUGUGGUUCUAGACAACUUGAGUGUAAUCCUUUCUUCUCAAUAG